CCUUUCUACAGUGAGUCCAACUGCUUCUUGGAAUUCGAGCAUAUUCCGUCUCUGGUCGUCUCGUGUCCCCUCGCCUCCUCUCUUUCUCCAUCGACUGACGCGCAAACUACAUCGCUUGUUUGUCCAAACAAGUUAGAUCUUUCUGCUUUCGCCUCUCUUUUGUUUGGCUCCGAUCGCGGCGUCGCUGCUGGUCGAACAGAUUUAGGGUUCUUCGAAAAGUGGUAAGCUUUGUUGCGCCAGUUUGUUCUUGGAACCAAGUUGAUUUGGUGCUGAACCUGUUUAAAGAAGAUAGACCAUUGAGGCAUUGGGGAUUUCCUCAAGGGUACUCUUUAAUUUUGUGUUUCCAGCACAUGGCUGGUCCUGAUUGCGAGAGAGAUUAUUCAUGGAUAGAAAAAGUGAAAUCUGGAGGUUCAGUUCCUUGCCUUGAACCAGAAAACUGCUCAAAUGGUUGGGCCACUCCCCCAGGUGAUAAAUUCAUGAUUAGAGGCCCCAACUACCUCUCAGACAAGGUGAAAAUACCUGGUGGUGGGUAUAUUCUAAAGCCUCUUGGAUUUGAUUGGAUAAAAGGCCCCACAAAAAUUGGCAACCUAUUGAGCAACACAAACCACCGUGUAAGAAGAGCUAUUGAUGAUGAAACUGCAAGAGGUAACAAUCCCUUUGUUUGGGCCUUUAAUCUACAAAUUCCCUCCAAGGAUAAUUAUAGUGCAAUUGCAUACUUUGUAGCACUUGAACCUAUACAGGAUGGUAUUCUUGUGGACAAAUUUUUGAAAGGUGAUGACACAUUUCGAAAUUCUAGGCUUAAACUGAUUGCUAAUAUAGUCGAGGGUCCUUGGAUAGUUAGAACUGCUGUUGGCGAACAAGCUAUCUGUAUACUAGGAAGAGCUCUUUCUUGCAAGUACAUGUCUGAAUCGAACUACUUUGAGGUAGAUGUGGAUAUUGGAUCUUCAAUGGUUGCAAAUGCGAUUGUUCACUUGGCAUUUAGUUAUCUGACAACACUAACUGUAGAUUUAGCAUUUCUUAUCGAGAGUCAGACUCAAGAGGAACUUCCAGAGCAAAUUCUUGGGGCUGUAAGGUUCUCAGAGCUAAAUCCAGAUUCAGCUGGCCUACAUGAGCUGUCAUCUGAAGUGGGUUCUGGAAGUCUGCAGUCAUCUCUACCUACAAGAUUGUGGAAAUCAAUUGGGCUUGGUUUACCUCAGCUGUUACACCUUGGGACUCAAGACUUCUCUUCCCCUAUAUCAGAUAAUGCCAAUGGCGGUCUGCACUCAGAAGCUGAUGAAAAGAACAAUGAAAAUUGAUUCCAUCGGGUGUUGGCCCUAAAAUUCUACCGGAGAAACAAGAGUGAUGGCUCAAGUAAAUAUCGUCUCCUGGAAAAAGAAGUGUCCGUGGUAAAAUAUCUAGUUUGUCUAUACAUGAAUUUGUCAUUAAAUCAUUCGUUGGAUUACUCUGUGGAUGAUAUAGUUAUGUGAUUUGAAGGCUUUGUUGAGCUCCUCCUUUUUAAGCCCACUGCCUUCUUUAUGUAGAUGGUUGCGAUACAGAAUCAUGAAUUAAUUGUUUAUUUUAUUUGGGCAAUUCGUUUCA